UAUUAAAGUUUUACUUACACAUUUAAAGACUUCAGACGAACCAUAAAUUCCGAAGCUUUGAAAGAAUUUCGUUUCAGAUCAUUUAAAUACCUUUUGCUUUUACAUGUAAACUUGGACUAUACUUUAUUCGUGAACAGCUACAUAUAGAAUGCAGAAGAUGUAUUUGCUAUGGAUCUUUCUCCAUUUUAUUAUAGAAGGAGCAACACAACCACCAACCUGGACUGAACCUGCGUCUCCUUCAAUCUCCAAGGCUUCUACAGAAUGUGGUGACGUAACAACACUUAGCGCUGAUUCAGGCGACGGUUCCUCGGUUAUUUACACCCUUGUAUCUGAGACUCCCACUGGUGGUGGAUUCACUAUUACUGACCACUUUUCUGGAAAUAAAAUUCUGACGUGUGUCCAAGGAUCAAUAACAGAGGCGUCCUACGAAGUCGUGGUCAGAGCAAAACACGAUGGUGGUAAUGGCCUACAAGCGGAUUUUACUUUGACGAUAACAUUUACAGACGUAGCAUCCGUUCCAGGACCAGCAUGGACAUCAGUAAACUCUUACUCGUUGGACAAAGGUGACUGUACCGCCUGUGGCGCAGUAGCCGCCCUCUCUGCUACCUCGACAGACUCUACGUCAGUGACUUUCAGUUUUGUAUCACAGUCGCCUGAUGGAGGAUUUAGUGUAUCUGGAAGCACUCUGUCCUGUACUAUCGCAUCAUUAUCAGUGUCAUUAUAUUCAGUUGUCGUGAGAGCGCAAAACACUGGAAACAAUGCGACUACAGAUCAAACAUUAACUAUAACUGUUACAGAUUCUACUUCAGGAGGGCCAAUAUGGUCAACAGGAAGCACGCACUCGCUGAACCAAGAUGACAGUACCGCUUGUGACGCGGUAACAGCACUUUCUGCUACCUCAUCAGAUUGUACGGCGGUAUCUUACAGUCUUGUGUCAGAAUCCCCUUCUGGAGGAUUUAGUGUUACUGGAAGUACACUGUCAUGUGACCUUGCGUCAAUAUCUGCGUCAUCAUACACGGUUUUCAUAAGAGCGAACAACACUGGAGAUGGUGAGCCUACUGAUCUUGAAUUGACUAUUAGUGUUACAUCAGGUUCAAGUGACUCAAAUUCAAAUAACGGUAACAACGGCAGGGAAUACGUAAUAGCUUUUAGUGUUGCAGGUGGCUGUGCUGCUGUAGCCGGCGGCGGCUUUGGAGCAUAUAAAGUGUAUCGAAAGAAAAAGAAAAAUCAACCAGUAUGUCCAGAGACGAUAACAAUGAAACCAAAGAAUGAUUCAGAAAUCCCAAAGCUAAAUAUUGAUGAAAAGACCGACGACAAUACAUCGCCAGCCGAAGCUAAGACUGUAUGAUAGCUGACGGAUUAGUCAAAAGAUAGGUAUGAAAACCAUUUCGAAUGUCAAAAGGAACAUUUCCCCGCCUGGGAUGCUUUACUAGUCUGUGAAAUAUUUACGUUUGAAGUUGAAAAGUAUACUGACGCAAGGCUGCUUCCUCCAAACCUAAUUCUUUGUCUCUGGUCUCCUCAUUUUCAGUGAAAUAAAUGGAACGAAGUAAAGAUAACGACAAGCACGUAGUUAUUGCCAUUUUACGUGAUGAAAAAGUUAAAGAUGAGAAUUAUGUUACUGGUAACACUUUUAUGGCGUCUUCAUUACAUAAACAUAUGGCAUUUCAUAUGUAUAUAUGCACUUCCAAUAUUUCUUAUAAGAUCGUCUUGAUAUUAAUCACAUUUCAGUAAAAAGGCACAGCUUAUUCAGUUGCGUUAAUCGGAUCAACAUUUAAUUUGAGCUUCGAAUAAAUCAUGCAAAUACUGACCCAAGGAAGAGGUAAAAAAAUAAUUUCUUCUCAAAUCUGCAUUAUUGAUAAAUAAAAUGCUAUUUAGAAAGGGGAGCUUUUUGAAGAGGUCUGGAAUUUUUCUUUACCCAGUUUCAAAUACUUACAUAUUAUUUCGUUGCGGCCUAAAAUAAAAACUAUUAAACGUGCAUUAACACAGAGGUUCUCACGCUUACGCGCUGUAACCACACUUAUUUGCAUAUGUACGUUACGUGUCCAAGAGUAGAAUUGGUACGACCUUGGUACAAAUUAUUUUCGUAACAUUUAAUGACGUUCAUACUAGCUUACAACUAUUAUCCUCUCCUUGGUAAGUGACGGGUCCCUAGUCAUUAUAUAUAUACAGUUGAAACUCGAUAUCUUGGAAUCGCUAAUCUCAAAACAUAUUCCGCUAUUUCCCGUCCCGAAAACACUUUGAACAAUAAAAUAAUGAGCCGCGCCAUGAGAUAACCAACAUAGUGGCGUUGCGACCAGCGUGGAUCCAGACCAGCCUGCGCAUCCGCGCAGUCUGGUCAGGAUCCAUGCUGUUCGCUAACGGUUUCUCUAAUUGCAAUAUGCUUUGAAAGCGAACAGCGUGAAUCCUGACCAGACUGCGCGGAUGAGCAGGCUGGUCUGGAUCCAUGCUGGUCGCAAAGCCACUAUGUUGGUUUUCUCAUGGCGCGGCUCAUAUCAUUUCAAGUCGAAUUUCAGUUAUCUUGAAGUAAAACGCUCGAUCCCUUGGAAUUUGAGAUAACGAGUUUCAACUUUAUUUUUACCGGUAUACUUCAUGCCAUUUAUAUUUGUGACAUCGGUAUAUAUUUUGCGUAUGAAUAAAAGUUACAAACUGAUAGAAAAGCAAAUUUAAUCCUCCCUAUAGUCCUUUGUGGCAAAUUGGAAUAAUGUUGUUAAUAAGACGAAGCCUUAUUAAGUUGAGUGCUGCUGAUUGCUCUUGAUUUUCAAUACAACCAUUAUGUUUUUAAUACAUAUACCACUGCCUCUUCAAUAUGGUCUUCAUAUAAGACUGUUGUUGUUUUUUCCGAAGACAAUGAUUAACAUUGUUGAGAAAGUUCUGUUAAGGUUUGAUUUUUGUACAUGCAAAUUUAACUUUUAUAUGCAGUUUUACAUUGAGAUAUCUUCUUUCUUUAUGUAUGAAAUUAUGUGACCGAAAUAUGAGGUCAAGUUUCAAGGAGAGAGAUAAUAGUUUGAAAUGCAUGCUUAACUUUCUUAUUUUGGACAUAAUGUAUUCAUUUAUGACGUAGGCACGUAGGGUGCCGCCGAAGCCUUUAAUACAAUAAAAUAGCUACAAAACAGAAAAUGGCAAUUUAGAACUGAAAUUUGAUUAUUUUGCUUGUGUCAUAUCCUAUAAUCACUAUAAACAAAAUUAGACUAGACAAAUAUAAAUACAGUAUUUCCAAAAGAGUACACAGAAAAUUUUGAUACGUGUUGUAGGAAUAUCUAGGAGUUUUAGAGACUGAGUGUUUAAAUUUUCAAAUAUGAUAUAGCACGGCCGUAAAACGUAGGAAAAGAGUCAAAAAUUCAUUUUUUGACAAUGCGCAAUAUACUUUCGACUUAUCACUAUUUGAAGUGGAGAUUGUACAAAUAUAUUUAAUGCAUUCUUUAAAUAUGAUACAAUAAAACUUGUUUUAAUCAUUUGACACACUAGUUAAAUAGUCUGUGAUUAUGAAAAUGUCUAACUUCAAAUGCUACAUUUUUAUAAAGGAUUGUUUUUGUCAGCUAGAUUUCGUCACUUUCACUACUAGAGUAAAAUAAUACACAUGCAUUUCGUGUCAGUAACAUACACUUCGCGAUAUCAUUUUCGAUACUACUCCUUCACAAGACAGUGUCCAUGUAUUUAUUGCUCUAUAUCCGUGCCGUACCUGGUUUUAUAAGCAUGUUUGUGGUGCUGCCUUACCCCCUAUUGUUUAUUGUUUUAUUGUUUAUAUUACAUUUGUUAUUAUAAAAUGUAAUUUGUUGGUAUAUAUAAACAUAUAUGCAAAUAUAUAUAUUCCACAAUAAUGUACCUUUCCGUGCCAUCCAUUACGUCAUGAAUCGAAAGGUGUAUUUUUGAUAUUUAUACUUGUUUUUUUGAUUUGCGAUUAUUUGCUCUGGUUGCGUUUAUUUUUACUCAAUACUCAACUUUUACUGUUGUUGACUUUUAUUCAUUUGUUUGCCUAUAGAUGUAAAAAUUAUGAUACUAUUCUCGUGUUUGUUUGUUUGUUUUCUGAAUUACAUCUGUAUUGUCCGUACUGACACAAAACAUAUCGCAGUGUGGUUGAUUAACCUUUAGCCUGCUAAACUUCUAAAAUGGACUGGUCCCUCAUUCAGUUUAGACAGUACCAUUAAUUAUUCGAAGGGGUGUUCACUAAAAACUUAUUGACUGAAUAGCGAACAGUGCAGACCAUGAUCAGUCCGCACGGAUGUACAGGCUGAUCUUGGUCUGCACUGGUCGCAAAAGUAGAAUAUCUUGCAGCCAGCAGGCUAAAGAUUAAUAAUUCAGACUUAUUUUUCAUUGCCUUUAUGUGAUGUUAUGCAUAUGCAUUAAACACAACUUUUUCAUUAACUUUCAAUAUUAAUAGUUUUGGUGACUUUAUGAUUUGUAUCAAAGCUUAUCAUGCAAAAUGCAUGAUAACAAAACACUUCCAGAUAAUUAACAUCACAUACAAUGUCUUAAUGAGAUUUCUUUUUAUUUUUUUAUUUUUUUAUUUUCUUAAUAUUACAAAUAUAUUAGAUAUUAAUGACAAUAUUAAAUGUUUCCACAUAUAGUAAAAAAUUGUUUACAUAUUCAUACCCUGCAACGAAAAGUUUGUUUCAUAAAGUAGUUGGGUUGUUUUCUUUUCUCCUUUAUGAACCUGUCAACUACAUGUACACAGUUACGUUAUUUGGUGGUUUUAUCAUGAAAUGAACUCGUGAUAUAAUAGUACGUUAUACGUUGUUUAAAGAUA